AUGAGAUUUAUUAUUUUCACUUUAGGGCUCCUUGCAGUGCCUCAGGCUGUGUCUCUCACUCGUCGUUUUGACAGUGAGAAAGUGUUUCGUGUGAGACUUCAAAAUGACAACCAAGUGAACUUUCUUAAGGAGAUGUCCUCCACUAUACAGCUUGAUUUCUGGCUUCCUGAUUCACUUCAUAACAUAGUUGUCGGGACAUAUGUGGAUUUCCGAGUCGGUUCAGAACAGACAGGUUAUGUCCAGAUGAUGCUGGAACAGAAUGAAAUGCAUUACGUAAUUUUAGCCCAUAAUUUACAAGAAGAAAUUGAAAAACAGUUCAAUGGAAGGUCACAUUCCCAUAGGAAGCAUGAUUACACAAGAUACAAUGACUGGGAAAAGAUUGCUGCAUGGACUGAAAGAAUAGCUAAAAAUAAUCCCAAACUAAUUUCCCGGAUUGAGAUUGGAAAGACAUAUGAAGAGCGUCCCAUGUAUGUUCUUAAGGUUGGAAAGGAGAGUGGCAAAAAGAAGGCAAUUUUUAUUGAAUGCGGCGUUCAUGCACGAGAGUGGAUCUCACCAGCCUUCUGCCAAUGGUUUGUGAAGCAGGCCGUCAGAACAUAUGGAAAGGACAGUGUCAUGACAAAUCUAUUGGACAGUAUGAAUUUCUACAUUCUUCCGGUUUUCAACAUCGAUGGCUAUGUCUGGACAUGGACCAAUGAUCGCAUGUGGAGAAAAAACCGUUCCAACAAUUCUAAUAGUGACUGUCCUGGCACAGACUUGAACAGAAAUUUCAAAGCUUCCUGGGGCACCACAGGUAUCUCACACGAUCCUUGUGAUGAAAGAUUCUGUGGACCGUUGGCAGAAUCUGAACCAGAAACAAAGGCAGUUACAAGCUUCAUUCGAGACCAUCUUUCUGCCAUCAAAGGAUAUAUAAGUGUCCAUUCCUACUCUCAGAUGCUGCUGUAUCCUUAUGGUUAUACACGGAACAAAGCACCCAAUCAUGAAGUACUGGAUAAAGUGGCUAAAGGAGCAGUGGAUGCUUUAUCUGGUCUCUAUGGUACACAUUAUGUGUAUGGAUCAAUCGCCUCUACAAUUUACCCUUGUUCCGGCUCCACCAUCGACUGGGCUUAUGAUGAGGGAGUUAAGUAUUCAUUUGCCUUUGAACUUCGUGACACUGGUAGACAUGGCUUUAUGCUCCCUGAAUCAAAGAUAAGACCAACUUGUAAGGAGACGAUGCUGGCAGUCAAGCACAUCGCCAGUCACAUCCUCACCUCAGUCCCAUGAAGUGCCUGGACUGCAGUUCACCAAAUAUUUAGUGUGCUGCCAUCAAUCCACUUUCCAAAGUUUGCAUGACAGUAAAUCAUCCACAGUCUCGAUAUUCACAGCAGGCUCAGCAUAAGUGUUUGGCCGAACUGCAACAUGAAUUAAGCCUUCCUAUCUUGUAUUUCUUACACAAUUCAGUAGAAAGAUUGUGUGAAUUAGAUCCAAAUUGGUGCAAAGGGGGAAACACACAUCUACUGUACUAAACGAAGCUUUGCACCCUAUUUGAAUCCACCAAACUGGUUAGCAGAAAUAAGUACUAAUCAAAGCAUCUUAUGUAGUUCCUGCUUUUUCUACCUAAUCCUUGAUAGCAUUUUUUAAAAGACUAUACAACCGAAUUGCU